AUGACGGAGUCUGGAGACAUGAUCACGCAGGAUAAUGAGGUGCUUGUUGCAGAGCAAAUGUCGCGUGGGUCGGACGCAGACGAGUUGAUGGCGGUGGACCAGAACGACCUGGAGCUAGCGGAGCUCAAGGUUUGUGACCACGUUUCUAAAGAGUGUGAAGGAAAUAGAGAUUCUGCUAGUGGCAGAGGUGGCCAAACAUUGGCGGAAGUGGCCGCUAGGGCAACCCAGCACACGAUGGGACUGGUGUUGGAUUUGAAGGAAAAGUGCGUAGCAAAGCGAGAUGAGCGAGAGGGCUACAGAGGGGUAGCCACCACACUAGAAUGCUACAGUCCAGAGCAGUUUGCGAGGAAGGUUGAGGACUUAGUGAAUGGCUCAUUAGUCAUAUCAGAAGUGAGAGAGGUUAUGGGCUGGAAGAAACACGAAAUAGUAGGCAACUGUAUCACCUUGAAGGACGAAAUAGCCCAAUUACAGGCCAAGCUGGAGGCGCAGCAGCGCGAGAUAGAGGAGCUACGAGUGCAAGCUAGGCGCGCUGAGCUGGUGCGGCACCGAGUAACAGGGAAUGUGGACGACACCGUGCCAGGUAAGGUUACUGUAGGAAAGCAGAAAUUUGCAGAGCUGGCGCAAGAUGAUCGCUCAACAUUGUUCAGUGGGCGAGACGAGCGGCUGAGGGCGAAAGCCUCACCAUCCGGAAUGGGCACGAAACCUUGUGGGAGGAUGCCGCUGAGCAGAGGUCAGUCAAGAUUUACUCAUAGUGAGAGCGACCUUAGUGAAGAGGAAAAUAGAACUGAUUUGAUCAAUAGUGUCAGAGGUAGAAGUCGUGUAGAAACAAGAAAUGAUAACAUGAGUGCAUAUCUUAAGUAUAUCGCGUUACCUGAGGUGCGUGUUUUUACUGGUUCUGAUAUGGAUUACUCAUGGGAGUCGUUUCAAGAAGCCUUUAUGCUUAAAUAUCCAAGAGAAUUGCUGACUAAGUUAUCUGGCAAGGCAAAGGCCCAGUAUGAGGCAUUACCCAGGGAGCUGAGACGGGGCACCUUUGAGGAGGUAAUGCGGGCGAUGUCUGCGGCGUAUCGAGGGGAAGCCCAGACGAAGAGGAUAGUAGCAUUAGGCAAACUCAGGCGACUUAAAAAGCAGGAAUCACAGUCAGUUGCGGAAUUUUGCGUGGAAUUAGAGAGGCUAUCGGCAAUUGCGUACCCGGAGUUGGAUGAACUCGCGUUAGCAACGACGAGGGCACAACAGUUGUAUGAACAGUUAGUUCAUUGGCCGGAGUCGUAUCAUUUACUGGUAGCCAUGGAGGAAACAGGAGUGGACGCAUACGCAAACCUCAAGGAUACGGCUAUGAGAAUUGAGAGGAGAAAGCUGACCCUUAGGAAUGCAAAGGACUUAGGCGAGUCAAGUGGAUUGAAAUGCGACGAAUGGCCAGCAACCCCGGAGGGAGGUUUUGAUAAGGCUCAGCGCAGUUUCAAACUGGCCCAAGUGCCCAAACAGCAUCCAAGUCGAGAUGCUGAAGGGGGUCGACAGGAUAAAAGAGAAGCAAAGAUGCGAUGCUACAGAUGUCAAGGCAUCGGACACCUCGCAAGAAAUUGCAAAGCGGGUAACACCCACGUGGGAAGCAAGGCAACGGGCGUGGUGUCAGAGGAGAGGGUACCUCGCAGAGCUGAGAGAAAGGAUGUAGUACCAACCGAGGCGGGAACAACGCAUCCAAGGUGUCCCGCACCGGCUUCUUUUGGGAAGAAGCAUAUGACAAAGAUAGAGAUAGGAAUCAAAGCAUGGAGGGCAUUGCUUGAUACCGGCUCGGAAAUAUCAAUCAUGCCCAUUACGGUUUUCAACCAUGCCAAGGGAAACGGGCAGUACGUAAGGAGUGGCCCGUUGAUAGGACUAAAAACGUUUUUCGACGCAUCAGGUAACCGGAUGAAGUUCGAGACAGUGGUGGAAGUUGCAGUGAAGGAAAAUGGACUCAAGGAAACCAUCAUUUCUAUGCAUGUUUCGAAGCAGAAAGGGCAGACUCUGAUCAUAGGUACCAAUGCGCUCCCGCUCUUGGGGUACGAUCUGGUCUGUCAAGGGGAGAGCAGCGAAACAAAAGCCCCCGUAGCUUCGAGUAGUGGAGGAGAUGGCAAUGACUCUGGAGAAGCGUUGUCUGAGACAGAGACAGAAUUUGCUAUAAGUUCUGCGGACCAGGAGAGCAAAGCUGUGGUCAGUAAGAGAGCAUACGUGGCCCCAGGUGAAGUCAAGUGGAUAUCAAUUAAGGGAGCCACGCGACCUGGCGAUAUACUUUUUUGCUCGCGGUUUGCGGGCAUGAGGUCCGGUAUAUGCUGCGUGAAUGAGAGUGGUGAGUCGCACAUACAGGUGUGUAAUUAUGCGCAGGAGCCACUAGUAUUGAGAGGUAGGCCAGGAGGUAGGCCAUUAUGA